AAGCACGGGAAUCCCUCCCACAGCACGCAACACCGCCACCUCUGCUGCAAGCAAUGCUUCUCGUGGAUUCCUCCCUUCUACCACAUCCCAGGCCUUCUCUUUGUAAUACCACCUCGGUUCCCGGAGUCCUAUAUUUCUGGGGCCGGUUCACAUCCCAGAGAUCAUCCACCAUGGCAAUCACGCAUGAUGAUUUGUCCCUCAGGGCCCACCGGAACACCGAAGUCAGGAGCAGGCUAGCUCUCUUCCUUGUGGCUCUAUCCGUGGUCUGUGGCCUCUUCAGCUUCGUUUUAUGCCUCGCCGCUGAGGGCUCGAGGACUGAGGCCACUUGGUAUAUCGUGGGCAACCAAGGCAAUGGCGUUAAGGCAUACCAGUGCGUCUACGACGGGAGCGGUCGGAGACCGCUGGGGUUUGCUGUGAGUGCAUUCUUGCUGCUUGCGGUGGCCAUGUUCGCAGAGCAUGCCUAUAUGUUGGUUGCAGUUAUAAGCUCUAAACCUCCGGCAUCACUAGCCUGGUCCCCAGAGGAUCCACGCUUGCCAUCAUCCUCCAAAAUUCUUGCAUGGCAGGCCUGUUUUCUUUUUCUGGCAACCUGGAUCUGUUUUACCAUCGCUGAGGUGCUUCUGAUGAUUGGCAUGGCCGUGGAAUCCAGCCAUCUGAGCCAAUGGACAAAACCAAGGCCCAGCUGCCAUGUAAUUCGGCCAGGGUUAUUUGCAGCAGCAGGAAUUUUUGGAUUGAUAACGGUCUUCCUUGGGAUCGCCCUGUAUCUAACUGCCCUGAGGACACAAUCGUUGCAGCAGGUGGCGGAAGGCACGCAGAGAGGAGCACCCAACACGGCUCACCAGCAUCACGUAACCCCCAGUGCGCCAGAAGAGCCACAUGCCGCGAGGGCACAUCAAAGCCAGCCCCCGCAGGAGAAUCCCUCACUCCAAAAGACCUCAUCUUCAGCGUAACUUCAAAUGGAUUUUGGGUAUGACAGCCAUGU